AUGCCUGCUGAGCGCAAUAACCGUACAAGAAACAACAAUGAAACUUCUAACCUGGACCCACGCCGUCGCCCUCUGGCUCCUAGGCGCAACAAUUCUCCAAUGACUGGUCCCCAAAGAGUGCCAACCCCUUACCCUUCCCACCUCCAGACAUUAGAAGAGCGUUUCAUGGCAGGGAUAAUAGAAAUGCUGGUCCCUAGGCGACCCAUUCUGAGUUUUCCUUCCCAGCAGGAAUCUGAUGACUCUUCACUAGAAUUCCUUGAUGAAGGAGGUUUCCAUUAUCCGUUUGCACCUCUUCUGUCGAACGUCACCCGCCGUCCCUUUCUCAUCCCAGGACCCCCGGACUCUUCUAAUAGCAACGCUGUAGUCUUGAACCAGUUUCCUGGACCCCUGGAAAUCCCUCCCACCUCGGAAGCGUCCAUUGGAUCUUACCAUGUUGUGCCUGCACAGGUAUUUCCAUCCUUGACGCCUAGAAAUACCUUGUCGUCCCCAAACCCUGACAGUCCCCCUGCCGCAUCCACUGACUCUCACAGUAUGCCGCCCCUCGCCUCUGACAUCUCUAACAAUGGUAGCCUUGAUCACGCCCCCAAUCUACAACUACUAGCCAAUGUCAGCGAGUAUAUUACCGCAUCAGAAGGGUAUAGCAGCGAUCCCCAGGAGUUUGUAGUCUACAGCGACUGUUACAACGUGAGAGGGGGGUUCUUUUUCUUUUCCUAG